CCCACACCUUGCUUACUGGCUACUGCUAAACAUUUCCCCUCGCUCCACGUGGUUUUGGUGGAGAAACUGAGGAGCGAAGAGAGAGCAGGCGGACAUUACAAAGACACCCUCCUUCGCCUCGCAACAUAGUCCGUCACUCAUUCAUAGUUCAGCUAACCAACUAAUUCUCUUCUCCCCCCACGCUAUAAACUCCUCCUCCAUUCUCCCCCAUUUUGAAGCUCCAAUUCAAGUCCUCUCCCAUGGAGUCCUCCGUAUUUCUCCGCUCUUUCCACUGUUCGGUGCCUACGGUUUCAAACGCACAGCCGCUAGCAGAAAGGCCCGGUGCAAUUUCUUCUGUCCAGACUUUUGGCUUCAGCAGGACGCUUGUUUGCUCGCCGGUCAAGAGGAAUUUGUCGAUAGUAUCGUGCGCCAAGACAUCUGAUUCUUCUGUAGCGUCCAAGUCUGCUGCAGAUGGCUCUGUACCAGCUGCGUCAGAGAAUAAUGGUGUGCCACAUCGUGCAACUUUCCCCAGUGGAUUUGAAGCUCUGAUGCUAGAGGUCUGUGAUGAAACAGAAGUUGCUGAGCUGAAACUGAAGGUGGGUGACUUCGAAAUGCAUCUGAAGCGUAACAUAGGAGUUACACAUGCCCCACUGUCCAACAUUUCACCAACAGUGCCACCACCUAUUCCAUCUAAACCAAUGGAUGUAGCAGCUCCUGCUGCUCCACCAGCACCAACUCCACCACCAAAAAAGUCCAAUCCAUUUACAAAUGUCUCCUUUGGAAAGUCUCCAAGGUUGGCAGCUCUGGAGGCUUCUGGUGCUAGCGGCUUCGUUCUAGUUGCUUCUCCAACAGUUGGUACAUUCAGGAAGAACCGUACAGUGAAAGGAAAGAAGCAACCUCAGAUCUGCAAAGAGGGUAAUAUGAUUAAAGAAGGACAGGUGAUUGGAUAUUUAGAUCAGUUUGGCACUGAACUUCCGGUGAAGACUGAUGUAGCUGGCGAAGUUCUAAAGAUUCUUUUUAAUGACGGAGAAAUUGUAGUUGUGACAUCAAAGACAAUUCUGUUGGAUACAAGGACCCUCUUAUCGCUGUGCUACCAUCAUUUCCCGGCAUCCAGAAGUAAAACUCAUCCUGCAAUGCUUCAGUAACAUCCUGGUCCUAUUAUUGGCAGCCUCGAGGAUCAACGCUCCUAUUGCUUUUCUUUUUGCUGUGGCGGUGCUUUGCCCUUGCAAUCUUAUGGCUCAGAGAAUGGCAGUGUCUUUCUGUUGCUUUGUUUGCUUUGUGAAGUAGAUUUAGAUAUUGAGCAAUAAACGAUGAAAAAAGCAGGCAUUUUUAGUCUCUCCAGAACUUACCAUAUUUUGUACUUCCUUUGUAUUGAGUAUGUUUUUUUCUUUUUUUUGCUCGAGGAUGCAAAACUGUAUCUUUUUACCUGAGCAAACAAUUCAAACGUUCUCGUGAACAGACCUUCAUCAUUAGUCAUUGCUGAC